AUGGCGGCUCAACAUCAACCACAACAUGCCGCUCAGCGACCUAUUCAACAAGACUGGGCUAACAGAGAAUAUGUUGAAGUGAUAACUUGCAGUAUUAAGAAAAUAUCAGACUUUUUAAAUUCUUUUGACAUGUCGUGUCGCUCGCGAUUAGCCACGUUGAAUGAAAAAUUGACAGAGUUGGAGCGUAGGGUGGAAUACAUCGAAGCCAGAAUAACGAAAGGAGAGACCUUAUCGUAA